CCUCAACCACAAUAACGGCCUUCCGAAAUAGCGCAGCUUCGGCGAAAACGAUCCGAUCAACGAAGGUCGGUCGGUGUCUUCUGUGCGUUUUCUUCCUUUAAAUUUGCAGAGAAUCCAAAGACAACUUUUUGGCUCAAUCUUAAUGGGGUCCCUGCACGAGCAACGACGCAACUGUAGAGCUACGACUCGAUUCACAGUCACUGUCUCCACCGCCUUUGAAUUUCUUUCCCCAGAUUUUUAUCGAAUGCAUUGUCGGCAUGAAUCCCUUAGAGGAGAGCGAUUCGGUUUCUCCAAUUGGGGCGAAUUCUUCUUCUGCUCAGUCAGAUUCUGAUGCUGCUGGUGUUUCUUCUGAUCCUGAAUUGAUGAUGAGCAUUGGGUUUUCUUCGUCUCCGACUGGCGGAGGCUCUUGGGCUGAAAACCCAAUGCCAUCUUCUUCUGCACACAACCUGUUCGACGUUAUGCCGAAACCAGAUAAAGUAGCGUCGGAUCCAUUGUCCAUGUGGGGUUCGGGUACUGAUGUGCCUCAACCUCUAGAAGGCCUUCACGGUCAGCUAGUUCCGCCAUUUCUGUGGAAGACCUUUGAUCUUGUUGAGGAUCCUGCGCUUGAUCCGAUUGUGUCUUGGGGUUCAGCAGGGCAGAGUUUUGUGGUUUGGGAUCCUGUGGAGUUUUCUAGAGUGAUUCUUCCAUCUAAUUUCAAGCACAACAACUUCUCCAGUUUUGUCAGACAGCUAAAUACUUAUGGGUUCCGCAAGAUUGAUGCAGACAAGUGGGAAUUUGCAAAUGAUGCCUUCCAACGAGGGAAGAGACACUUGUUGAAGAACAUUCAGAGGCGAAAAUCACCUCAUUCUCAGCAGGUUGGAAGUUUGAUAGGGCCAUCCACUGGACCAGGGAAGUCUGGAUUGGAAGAUGAGAUUGGGAGGUUAAAGAAAGAGAGGAGCAUGUUAAUGCAGGAGGUUGUUGAAUUGCAGCAGGAGCAGAAGGGAACUGCCCAGCAUGUGAAGACGGUGAAUCGACGCCUCCAAUCGGCCGAGCAGAAGCAGAACCAGAUGAUUUCCUUUUUGGCAAAGUUGCUUCAAAAUCCUGAGUUCUUAUUCCGCCUGCAGAAGAAGAAGGAACAGAGAGAUAUUGAUUCCCCAAGGAUGAAACGGAAAUUUGUUAAGCAGCAUCAACACGAAACCGAUGGUUUUACUCCGUUCAUGGAAGGGCAGAUUGUGAAAUAUCAACCGGAUUGGGGAAGUCUCGCCACACCGGAACUGAAUCCAAGCCUGCUUGAAGGACCUGCUGCUUACCUUCUGCAGGGUGUGUCUGGAGAUUUGGGAUCAAUUCCAGAAAGCAUGUCCAGUUUUCAAUAUGAGAAUGAUCCAUCUAGGGAUGUAAUAACGUCUGAGGAAUUAGCAUUCCAUCAUGGAAUUGUAAAACCAACAGAGCUGAGUGUAGAGCCUUCAAACAUGUCAAUGGAGGAUCAACAUUCCAAGGGAAAGGCUAUUGGGAGUCCCUCACAAGAUGUCAAUCCUGACUACUUUGUCUCUUUGGCAGAAAGUAUUCAACAGUUCUCACAUCUUGGAACUGGAAAUGUCAUUAAACCAGAAGAAAUUUGGACCACGGGUUUGAAUGUCGAUACUGGCACGUCCAGUUCAAACACCGAGUUGUGGAGCAAUCCAGUCGAUUUUGAGGAUCCAUUUUUGCAAGGUUCUAGCGGAUUGUCGCCAUUCUGGGACUUAGGUUCGCUGCAGGCUGGAGAUUCACACACGAAUACAUGGUCAGCUUCUGGAUUCCCAUUUGAUGAUCCAGAUAGUCGAGCUUGCCCCGAAAACACAGACGACUCUGAGGAUAAAUAAUCACAGAUUUCAUUAGCCAUUACAUUUGCAGCCGCUAGGAAUGUUAGUUAUCUCUAGAUAAUGGAACUUUAGAUUGAAUGAUUUGCUAGGAAAAUGAAUUGAUUAUGCACUUCCAUUUUAUCUUCCCUUA